AUGGCUGUGGACCUUCCGGGCCUUGCCCAAAUUCUCGAAGCAAGCUUAGAUCCCACGCAAAACAAACAAGCGGAGCUUGCUAUCCUGCACGAAGAGAAGAAGCUGAACUUCUCCCUGUCUUUGCUGCAAAUCGUAGCCACACAAACCUACGGACCUACUGCUCGCCUAGCCGGUGCUUUAUACUUCAAGAAUUAUAUCAAGAGAAGUUGGACGGACGAAGAUGGCAAUCAUAAGCUGCCUCAGAAUGAGGUUACAGCCAUCAAGCGCGAGCUCAUUGGGCUCAUGAUCUCAGUGCCCCCAAAUAUCCAGUAUCAAUUGGGAGACGCGAUUGGUGUCAUAGCGGACAGUGACUUUUGGGAGAGAUGGGACUCACUGGUGGAUGACCUUGUAUCCCGUCUGACGCCUAAUAAUACUGCGACCAAUAAUGGAGUGCUCCAAGUCGCCCAUUCAAUUUUCAAGAGAUGGCGGCCUCUGUACCGGUCAGACCCCUUAUUCACUGAAAUUAAUCAUGUAUUGGGCAAGUUCGGGAAUCCGUUUCUAAGUCUGGUUCAGAGCACAGACGCACUCAUCGAUCAAAAUCAGUCAAAUAAAGCGAUGCUCUUGCAGCUAUUCGCAACCCUAAAUCUCAUUGUUAAGCUGUUCUACGACCUCUCAGUCCAGGAUCUACCACCAGUCUUCGAAGAUAGCCUCCCCGCAGUGACCUCACUGCUUCACAAGUAUCUCACAUACGAGAACAAUCUGCUACAAACAGACGACGAUGGUGAAGCAGGUCCUCUGGAGCACGUCAAGUCGGGUAUCUUCGAGGUCUUGGAGCUGUGGAUCAAGAAGUACGAGGACGCCGUUGGCGUACAUGUUGGACAAUUCAUAUCAAGCUCCUGGAAUCUGCUCACCACCGUGGGUCGGCAAACUAAAAACGACAUUCUGGUCAGCAAAGCGCUACAAUUUCUGACUGCUGUAACAAGCAGUACCGAGCAUGCGCAGGCUUUCAAUGACGAUUCCACUUUGUCCCAAGUCGUUGAGCGAGUGAUUCUACCUAACCUGACAUUGCGAGACUCGGAUAUGGAACUCUUCGAAGAUGAACCAAUCGAGUUCAUCAGAAGAGACCUUGAAGGUUCUGAUAGCGACACUCGGCGACGGGCAGCGACGGAUUUCCUCCGACAGUUGAUGGCAAAGUUUGAGGGUAUGGUCUCGACGGUCGUCCUUCGAUACAUUGACCACUACUUGUCCGACUAUGCUCAAAACCCUGCUAGUAAUUGGAAGUCGAAAGACACUGCCGUGUAUCUGUACUCAUCAAUAGCUGCCAGAGGCACUAUCACGGCCAGCCAAGGGGUCACAAGCGUCAACUCCUUUGCGAACGUCAUUGAAUUCUUUCAAAACAACAUCGCUGGGGAUCUGGUCUCGGACACUGGCGUUGAGCCUAUUCUCCAAGUUGACGCCAUCAAGUACCUUUACAUGUUCAGGAGUCAGAUCACGGCAGCACAAUGGCAAGAUGCCUUUCCUCUUGUCGUUAAGCACUUAGGUUCCUCGGAUUAUGUUGUGUACACUUAUGCUGCGAUCGCUCUAGAACGCACCAUGGCCCUCACCAACGCUUCCAAACAACCAAUAGUCAGCAGGGUAAGCGUCGAAGCUCUUUCAGCGCAACUCUUGCGGCAUUUGUUCGGCUUGAUCGAGAAAGAUCCUGAGCCUGCGAAGCUGCAAGAGAACGAGUUCUUGAUGCGGUGUGUUAUGCGAGUCCUUAUUGUCAUCAGAGAAGCUGUCGUGCCUAUAGUGGACGAAAUCUUGACACAUUUUGUGAAGAUUACGCAGGUCAGUAGUCAAAACCCGAGCAACCCCAGGUUUUGUUACUACCUUUUUGAGGCUCUCGGAGCUUUCAUUCGAUUUAGCGCUCCUUCGCAACCCGACAAACUCGAAAAUGGUCUAUAUGUAUCAUUCAUUGCUGUGAUACAGGAUGAUGUGCAAGAGUUCAUACCAUACAUCUUCCAACUCUUCGCUGCUCUUCUCGAAGCCAACCCAUCUGGAUCGUUAUCAGACUACUACAAGAAUCUGAUACCUCCACUACUCACACCCGCAUUAUGGGCACCAAAAGGCAAUGUGCCAGCCCUCGUCCGUCUCUUAACCUCUAUCAUCUCGCGAGGUUCGUCCGUCAUUGCGCAAGACAAUCAGAUAGAAACUGUACUGGGUAUAUUUCAAAGCCUAGCAUCUACCAAAAUCAAUGAAACCUACGGGUUCGAGCUUCUAGAGAGCACAAUUGCCAAUUUUCCUCCGUCAACGUUGGAGCAAUACUAUCCUUCCAUACUGAAUGUUCUCCUCAACAGAUUACAGAAUACGAAGACGGAACCUUUCGCAUCGAGAUUCGUUCGACUAUACCAUUUCAUCUCCGCAAAGGACGACAAAGGCCUUGGUGCAGACUUUUUCAUAAGCAAGCUAGAUCAAGUCCAGGAUGGUCUUUUUGCUCCCCUGUACCUCAACAUCAUCCUUCCAGACACACAGAAACUGUUACGACCCCUUGAUCGAAAGACUGCAGUCAUCUCUUUCACCAAGACUUUGACCGAUUCUGUCGCCUUUGCAGAGAAAUACAAGAAAGGCUGGGCGUACACUUGUGAGGCUUUGCUCAAGCUCCUUGAAAAUCCCCCAAUACCCGCGGCUACGGAAGAGACAAUUGUGGAGCAAGAUCCUGACGACAUGAGCUUUGGUGUGGGUUUCACGCAGCUUACGACCAUCAAGCGACCAAUCCGAGACCAGUGGCCUAAAGUUACAGACGUGAAGAGAUGGGUUAGCGAGUAUGUUCGAGCAGCGGAUGCAAGGCAGAAUGGAACGAUAGCUUCGUUUGCACAUGAGCGACUAUCAGCUGAGCAGGCUCUACGUAUAAUCAGGAUAUAUAUUCUCGCUGCUGUUGUUGAAAGAAGCGGUGUUCUUCCAAUUCUGGCAGGUAGUCCAGUAAUCUUUGGUCAAGGCACAUAUCCUCGGGCAAACGAUCUUUCUGGUCCAUCCUUGCCCGCUGGUAGCAUCAUUGGCGCCUACACUGCCUUCAAUGAUGGUGAUAACGUACUCAAGAUUGUCAUGAGCACCGACAACGGCACUUCAUGGCAAAGUAUUGGAGAAGUCACGAGAGGGUCAUCGACCGCAAACGACAUCGACAAUCCAUACGUCCUCCAACUUCCAUCAGGCCGCGUUCUCUGCACGUUCAGGAACCACUCCAAAGACCCCAAUACUGGAGUCUAUUUAUUCUUUCGCAUUACCGUGGCCUACUCAGACGACUUGGGCAAGACGUGGACAUUUCUAAGUACCCCAUCCUCGGAUCCUGGACCUGUCAACGGAAACUGGGAGCCUUUUCUCCGUAAUGCUCAAGAUGGCUCGCUACAGCUUUACUACUCUCGUGAGAAUUCCGCUGCAGAUCAAGACACACUGGAGAAAUUCUCCACUGAUGGCGGUCAAACAUGGACAGAGGCCCAAACUAUUUCCGGGGCUGGCAUAACUUCACGUGACGGUAUGACAGGGGUGACAACUGUUAGCGGGACGGACUUGAGGGCAGUCUUUGAGAGCGAGGUAGAAGGAACCUUCAGUGUCCAAUCCAUCACUUCUUCCGAUGACGGCAAGACCUGGGGCAACCGCAGUACUAUCUAUACACCAGACAGCCCCAAUACCUCCGCCGGCGCACCACAAAUCGUCAACACGGGCGGUACACUCUGUGUUAGCUUCAUGACGAAUGAAGAUUCCACUCUAGCUGCUCCUUCAGAUGGCUAUACCACGAACACGGCAGCAAAAUUAAUUACAAGCGGAGACGGGGGGCUGACUUGGGGUAAUAAGAUUACUGUCGGUCAGGUUUUGAGUGUGUGGCCAGGUCUGUAUGCUCUGGAAGGAGCAAGCUUCCUGAUGUUGUUCGACAACGGAGGGGCAAAAGCCCAAACUAUUGCUCUGAAUUAA